GCAUACGUCACGGAGUUCCUGUAGCGCUGCUCUUGCACCUCUCGCCCCCUCUCAGUUCUCUCUCACACAACGGAAGCAAUCAGGAUAAAAAAUAAAACGAAAAAAAUAAAUAAAAUAAAAACAAAAGAACAUUGAUUCAAAUAAGUGAAGAACGCAGAGGAGGGGAUAAUUCCGUCAUCGAACGAUCAAUAAACUCCAAGCAGCAACAGCAACUUCUACGCUAAAGCAAAAAAAGAAAAGCAAAACAAGAAGCGAAACAGCGUACAAAACAACAAGAAUUAAAUAAAAGACUGAGCAACGUUCAAGCAAAAAUCCAAGGAACAAAAUACCAACAGCAACAUAAGCAAUCUCCAAUUUGUCUCUCUAACUGUGAAAAUAAUAAGCCCCACAAAAGCAGCAGCAGAAAACCAGCGAAACUUUGAUCUCAACACCCCCGCAAAGCAAUAUAGAGCCAUCUAACGCCGGAUCAGAGCUCCGAAAACCCGUAUAAUGCUAAGCAGCCUCGCCUCCUAUCUCUUUGGAUCGCCAGCGACAGCCGAUUCAAGCAGCCAGGAAGCGAAUCCCGCCCAGCAAUCCAACUCGAAUCCAACUAGCUCCGACCCAGCCACCGAUCCUGCCACGGCCGGAGAUGUAAUCGAGGUCACCUCAUCGACGCCCUCGGUAGCGGGCAGCCAGCGGGGUCAGCCGGCGGUGCGCUCCUCCAACGGUAAAAGGGGUCGCAACAAGCGCGGCAAGCAGCAGCGGAACCACCAGCUGCAGCAACAGCAGCAGCAGCAGCAGCAGCAGCAGAGGAAGCAGCCGGCGACUAUUACCAAGUUGCUGACGCCCUCGGGUGAGACCAUUGACGAUGACUUCGAUGAGGAUGAGUGGUACAUCGUGGAGAAGGAAGACGAGGAGGAUGACUCCCUGCCGCGCAGUGACUCCGAGGAGGAGCUCUCCGUCGUCGAGGUGACGCAGCAGCAGAGGGGAUCCACCGCCUCGGCCGCCUCAACGGGCGGCCAUGGCCAAGCGGCAUCCUCCCGCCGGCGGCAGCACCUCAACUCGCAUUCCCUGUACAGCGGGCCGCGGCCACAGCAGCAGCGCAAUUAUCUGCAGCGCUCGCGUGUCGCCCGCCCGCUGAGCAUCAGCACCCACAGCCCGCCCAGAAGUGUGCCGCCCGUCCAGGGACUUCCGCUUCCGCUGGGUCUGCCUCUGCAGCUGGCACUUCCGGUGACACUGGACACUGACAAUGUCACCCAAUCGCUGUACGUGGCCUCGCCCAGCGGCAGCGACCAGGCGGUGACCCAGGGUGCCGGUGCCGGUGCUGGCGUGCUGAUGGAGGAGUCCUGGUACGUAACACCGCCACCAUGCUUCACCUCGAUUGGGCCAAUCAAUAUGGAAACAUCACCAUUUGAGAAUCUAUUGAUUGAGCAUCCAAGCAUGUCCGUUUAUCGUAGUAUUAGGUCCACCCAGGAGGGCACCGAAAGUUUUGUUAAUCUUGAUCUCGGGCUGUCGUCGGAGUUGCAGGCGGAACCGGAAGCGGCUGUGGAGGAAGCGGAACCGGAAGCCGGGCCAGAGCCACAGAGCCAGGUUCUGCGGGAGCAGCGCAAUAAUAGCGCUCGCUACGAUCGCCAUGCGGCCGCUCAGCUGAAGCAGCAGACGCUGGCUCGUCAGAGCCAGAAGAGCAACAACAAGAAGCAGCACCAGCAGCUUUGCCGCAGCGCCAUUAAGCGGGCCAAUAAGGUGCGCGACUUCCAGGCCAAGGCCAACCGCCCCCGCCGCUCGGAGAUGCAGCAUUGCAAGCUGGUCAGCGGUGCCAACAACAACCGCAGCAAGUGCUGCUACUAGGCACACACACACCGCACACACCUGCAAUCGCACCCGCACACCCACCAGCUCCCCUCCCCCCAGCCACGCCCCCAAAACACACACACCCCUCCCGCACUGGAGGAGCAUUACAAUCAUGGCAUGGAUUUUAAUUAGUAUUUUAACUUAACCAACCCAAGAUGAAACGAGAAAAUCGGCAAGCGAAAUGUGAAGGAAAUGCCACAAAAAUAUAU